AUGUUGAGAUAUUUCAGCGUGAAGCUUUGGAUUUUUAACCAACUCACUGUCCCUUUUUUCUCCCCCGCAGACAACGAGAAUGCCAAGUCCGAGGGGAAACCGGGCCACCAAUCAGAACGCGAGGACCCGGAGACGGACAGCAAGCGUCAACAACAGCCCGGCCACCCACAAUGCUCCUCCGAACAGGAAAUGAAGCGCCAGGAGGAAGGAGACAGCUCGAGUAACCCGGAGAGCCAGGACAGUGACGACAGUCUGGAGCCUUCGGAUGGAGAGGGGGAGGAACAGGAGGAGGGGGGCGGAGGAGGGGGAGGGGGAGGGGGAGGGAGGCUGAGGAGGUUAGCGGGCCUGGGAGGUCUGGGGGGGUUGGGCGCCAUCGGAGGACUGGGUAAUCUGGGCGGGCUUCACAUUAAAGUGGAGCACUAUGGCGACGGGGACGAAGUUCAGCUGCACAACUCCCAAACUUCUUCAUCGGAGGAGGAGGAGGAGGAAGAGGAGGAUGACGAGGAGGAAGAGGGGGAGGAGGACGGGGGCGUGCAGGACUGCGACAGCAAGCUCCAGAAGAGAAGGAAGAGAAGGAAAGUGCAGAAAUGGGACGGAUCCCGAAGCAGGAGGAUCCGUCUUUCCUCGACCUCGGCGAGCCCCGUCGGCAUGGGCGCCGCCGCGCCGCUGGUCGACCCUUCCCACGCCGCCGCCACAAACUCCUCCCACCUGCUGGCGUCCGCCGGCUCCUCCCCGCCCUGCGCCGCGGCCGCCACAUCCUCGGUGCUGAAGAUCAAGACGGAGAUGGCGGAGCCGAUCAACUUCGACAACGACAGCAGCAUCUGGAACUUCCCGCCCAACAGGGAGAUCUCCAGGAACGAGUCGCCGUACAGCAUGACCACCAAGCCCGCCGCGCCGGGGGCGCACGACGGGUUCCCCUCGCCGCCGGGAGGCUCGCUCCAGGCGGCCAUUCCCGAGUCCGUCCUCACCCCCCCUGGAACCGAGGGAGGAGGGGGCAGGAAGCCUCCGUACAACGGGAACUCGGCACCGUCUUCUGCUUCCAGCGGCGCCAGUUUAGCGCUUCCCUCCGGCGUCUCGUCCGCGGACCCUCUGUCCCCCCCGCUGUCGGCGUCCCCGCGGGACAAACAGCAAGGCACCCCCACAACUUCUUCUUCUUCUUCUGCUUCCUCGUCGACUUCUUCUUCAUCUUCGCUGCUGUACUCCGGCGACCUGGAGGCGCUGCAGCGGCUGCAGGCCGGUAACGUGGUGCUCCCGUUGGUGCACCGGGUCACGGGGACGCUCGCCUCCACCGGCACGACGGCGCCGCGGGUCUACACCACCGGCACCAUCCGGUACGCGCCGGCGGACGUCACCCUGGCCAUGGCGCAAGGCAACCUGCUCCCCAACGCCGCCAUGAACUUCGUCGACGGCUCGGGGUUCGGCCUGGACCCGAAGACGCCGAUGGAGAUGCUCUACCACCACGUCCACCGGCUCAACAUGUCCGCCGCCGCCGCCGCCGGCCCGUUUGUGGGGUCCCCGGCGGCCACGGGCGGGAACGGCGCCUUGGGAGGGCAGAUGCCGACCGCCGCCAACGUUUUUACCACGGCGGAGGGACUUUUCUCCACGCUGCCGUUCCCCGUGUACAGCAACGGGAUCCACGCCACGCAGACGACUCUGGAGCGGAAGGAGGAUUAACGCCAAGCGCUCAAGACCGCAUUACUGUGUCCCUGCAACCAACGACUGUGUCAACGUGAAAGAAAAAAGA